GGUUUAGGCAGGUGUGUCCGCGCCUUAAUCGUGAACCGAGUGGGUGGCCCCCGACAGGGUGGUUUAUCGACCAGGAUACGAACCUCUGGAGGCUCAGUAUUCGCGGGACCUCCACCCCGUCGAAGCGAUCUUACGUAGUAGCGAGACUCUCGGUGAUUCGCGUUGUGACAAGCUCUCUUCGAUGUUCCUCUGAUCGUGAAAACCCAAGUCCUAUCUCCAACGAUUCUCCCGGUGAAUCGACGCGGAUUUUCACGCAGGUUCCUCGAUUCUUAUCAGCAAAAAUGAUCACGGCGUUGCCAGUACCCUCGGUGAAGGUCUUCCACAAAACAUAUUACCAGGAAAAGGGAUCCAGGAUAGCUAGCAGUCAACCUGGUAGUCCGUUGGCCGAAAGCGAGGCAGUUUUAACGUUAAAUUACAAGGAUCCUCCAGAAUACUACAUCUGCGGCAAGGUGAACUCUUUGCACGUGGUGGUUGGCUCGUUGUUGCUGGGUACCGUGGUAUUGAUCGUGGGUCUGGUGCAACUUGCACCUGGAGCCGAAGCUGCACAAAACUCGACUUCCCUGAUAGUCGUCGGGAACACGUUGCUGGCGAUCGGCGGUCUCCUCGCGACGGUCAGAGCUCUGUGCAUCAAGAAACAGAAGGCUGCACAGAAGGAUGGAACCCAUCAGAGAAGCGUCACCAGCAUAGACAUGCUGCUGGCCCAACACAAAGACUUCACGGUUUUGACGCCCGACGAAUUCGAGGACCUCGUUGCACGGUCGACCUCCGCCCUGGAGAGCAACAUCCGCAAACAGGGCCACAAUACCUAGGUACUGUCGGCCUCGAAGAAGGCCCAUCCAUCGUCACCACUGUGCUCGAACACGCCAUCGUCGUCGACGUCGCCAGGAACUAGCUCAUCCAUUCUCUACACGCAUCGUUACGACUCUCGUGAACACAGUCUGGUUUAAAAGAGAAAACAAACUGGCGCCAGCCACAAAUUUAUCUUAUUUCGUUCCUUUUCUUUCUUUCGUUUGAAUGAAAUUUUGUUUUACUUUACUAUCGUGCACGCUGCUGCCUUCAGCUUGGCGCAAGCGGCGAUUUACGCGAAACGUCGCGGACAGAUCUACACGACUCGCGGUAAGCAAUCGAAUUGCCUGCGUUUUGGUGUACGAUCAUCGAUUACAAGAUUCAUCCACAGAGAAAUGGACGAACGCGUUGCUCUCGAUCGCGAAAGACGAAAAAACUAAAAAGGGACCUAAUCACCGAUCGAUCCGGCUGCCUUUGUUCGCUACGAGAUCUUCGAUCGAGAAAGAAAGAUCCUGGAAUUUAUUUUGUUCUGGAGUUUUUUUUUUUUUUUAAUUUUCAGUUUUUCGUUUUUCUCCAGCUCGAUCGAAGGAUCGACUUAUUCAAGUUCGUCGAGGAUCGAUGGUACAGAGACACCCGAAGGCUGCUUCACGGCUAACGAUCACUGAAAGUUUUCGAUUGUUCGAGACCAAAAAAAAAUUUCGUAAUUUCGUAGUUUCGUUCGAGACUUGAUUGUGUUCAAAUCGCCAAGAUACAAGUCUGACAGUAUGUUAAUCGUUAACGUUAAUAGGAGAGAAAUUCUAUCGUAAAGUCUUUUGUACGAAAUUUAGAUUAUCGACGGUAUUUGAUUGUAAUUCAUUGUAUCAUCUUCGUAUCGGUGGAAAAUGGGCAAAUACAGGGUGUCCCUUAGGGUGGUCCUUAUUUCUCGACUUUCGAUUAAUUUUUGACGCACCACUCCAGAUUGUGACGCUUGGUGACCAAAAGUUCUCUGCAAAGUUUCAACGAGAUUAGGCAACAGAAACACGU